UUCAAUAAAUUUCAUGAAAGAAAGACUAAGAGAUUCUGUAGAGUGAAGAAAGAUGACGGCUAUGUCUCGAGCAACUGGUUUGCUUACUAAAAACCCAAUACUUCGUCUUCAACAGCAAAUGGGUAUGCCCUUCUUUUCCUCAUUUCCCUUCUCUACUACUUGCAGUAGCAGCAGCACUGAUAAGGUAUCCUUUAGUAACAUUGAUGACGCCUUAGCUUUUUUCAAUGACAUGCUUAGCAAGAACCCUCGGCCUAGUACUUAUGAUUUUAAUCAGUUACUGUCUGCAGCUAUGAGGAUGAAAAAACAUGAGACAGCAGUUUCUUUGUCCCAAGAAAUGGAACUUAGAGGAGUUAAACAUAAUGUCUUCACGCUCACCAUAUUGAUUAACUGUUUCUGUCACUUAAACCGUGUUGAUUUUGGAUUCUCUGUGUGGGGAAAAAUUCUUAAACGUGGUUUUGAGCCGGAUGUUGUAACGUCUACUACCUUAGUAAAUGGGCUCUGUAAAGAAGGUAAAAUGGGUGAAGCUGUGAAAUUGGUUGAUGAUAUGGUGGAAAGAGGGUAUAGACCUGGUGCAUAUACUUAUAGUGUGGUAAUAAAUGGUCUUUGUAAAGUUGGGAAAGCUGAUGUGGCUGUUGGAUAUCUUGAGGAAAUGGAAAAGCUAGGUUGUGUGCUGGAUACUGUUGCUUACAAUUCGGUAAUUGGGGGGUAUUGUUUGCAAGGAAAAGUAGAUGAAGCUAGAGAGGUAUUUGAUGUGAUGGUGAGUAAGGGCACUACGCAUGAUGUUUGUAAUUAUAACACCUUGCUUAAUGGAUAUUGUAAGAUGGAAAGGGUAGACGAGGCAAUGCAAGUUUUUGAUGAAAUGUUGAGAGAAGGUUUGGUUCCUACUGUAGUUACUUACAAUACUCUGAUAAAAGGUUUGUGUCGAGUGGGGAGACCUUGGGCUGCACAUCAGCUUUUCAGGAACAUCUCUGCUUGUGGCCUCACUCCAACCAUAAUAACUUACUCGACUUUGAUUGAUGGUUUCUGUGAACAAGGGAAUCUUGAUGAGGGGUGGGCAAUAUUUCAAGAGAUGCAAAAGAGUGCUUUGAAGCCUAACUUGGUAGUCUACACCAUCCUUAUUGAUGGUAUGUGCAAGUGUGGGAAGCUUAAGUAUGCUAAGGUAUUGUUUUCUAGACUCAUCGUGGAAGGAUUUCAGCCUGAUGUUCAUACCUACACUGUGUUAAUUGGUGGAAUUUGUAUAGAAGGAUCCCUAAUUGAAGCACUCAAACUUUUUAGAAAAAUGGAAGAGGACGGCUGCACACCAAAUGCUUGCUCCUAUAAUGUGAUUAUCCAAGGAUUUCUCCAACACAAGGAUACCUCAACAGCAAUGCAGCUUGUCUGUGAAAUGGUCAAUCGGGGAUUCUCUACAGAUGCUGCCACCAGAACCUUACUGCUAGAUCUACCCACCAAUGAUGGGAGUACUGCUCUUAAAAACUUGCCAGGGCUCUGUGAUGGUCAUCAAGAUGUAAAGGGUUUUGAUGCUUCAGUCUUCAUGAAUGAUGAUGAUGCUCUUGCACUUGCCACCAAAUAAAAACCAUUCCAUUGAGAGGCAUGCUGUUUGCAACAAGACCUUGAGAGGUUUUUCUGUGAAAGUGACAUGAUCACAGUGGAGCUUGACGAUUCAUGCCCAGGGUUGGUUAUAUGUGUUGCUACGCUUGCACUUGCCACCAGAUAUGGUGUGUUCUGGCCGGUGGUCCAUUUCUCGAUUUUACUGGCAGGAGAGACGGUGCUCAAUCGUAGUAUGAUGAAGCCAUGGAUGAGAUU